AUGGAGACUUUACAAAAACCCCAUCUUGUAGUUGUUGAUUGUAUUGAUGCAGUAAAUGAAAAUAGUCACCACCACCGUCAUCAGCAGUCAGACGAUGAAAGGCAAAGAAUUUCUUCAAGUGAUUCUGGCUCUUGCAGUGAGAUUGUGAAGGCGAGGGGAUCUUCUGUGUCAGAGAUGGAUCUGGAGUAUGGGGCACCAGAGAUAAAGCUACAUUUGGCAAAAGUUGAGAGGGACUGUAGGAUUUGUCAUUUGAGCUUGGAUGCAGAGAAUCUGGAGUCUGGAGUGCCUAUUGAGUUGGGUUGUUCUUGCAAGGAUGAUUUGGCUGCUGCUCAUAAGCAGUGUGCAGAGGCUUGGUUCAAGAUUAAAGGAAACAAAACCUGUGAGAUUUGUGGAUCACUUGCACGAAAUGUUGCUGGUCCGAAUGAAACUGAGUUGGCAGAGCAGUGGAACCAGGCCAGUGAUGUUGCCGUGGCAACAGCAAUUGCACCUGUGCAACCUGCAGAGAUCAGAAACUUCUGGCAGGGCCACCGAUUCUUGAAUUUCCUCCUAGCAUGUAUGGUCUUUGCCUUUGUUAUCUCUUGGCUCUUUCACUUCAAUGUACCCUCAUAA